GCAGACAUUCAAAAACCAUCCCCUAAUAAUUACGAGACGGCUACCAAAAAAAACCCCAAAAUGGCGACCCUUCAGAUAGGCAAGUCCUCACAGAACUCUGGCACGAACAUGGGUCCUGUAGGGGAAAGUUAUGACGCCGAAUAUGAACGGGAGCUGGUCAGGAAACUUGAUAAACAUAUUGUUCCUAUGAUCAUGCUUUUAUAUCUCUUUUCCUUCCUUGACAGGUAAUCGUCUAUCCCUGAUUAAGUAAAAGUAAUAGGCUGUAGGCUAAUAACAAUAUUCGGUGAAGAGUCAACAUCGGCAACGCAAGGCUCUAUGGUUUAGAGAAGGAGCUGGGCCUCGUGGGAAAUCAAUUCCAGGUUUCAGUCUCGAUUCUCUUCGUCACAUACUUGCUCUUUGAGAUACCCAGCAACCUUGUCUUGAAGAAGUUCACUCCCCGGAGAUAUAGUAUGGAAAGCUCUCUUUAUACGACCUGUCCGGAUAAAGCUAAUUAUUUCUGGCAGUCGCUGCAAUUGCAGUUGCCUGGGGUCUAAUCGCUACGCUCACCGGCCUCGUAAAUUCCUAUAGGUCUCUCAUUGCCUGCCGCCUGCUUCUUGGCGCAGUUGAGGCCGGUCUUUUCCCCGGCCUCACAGUUUAUCUUACCUUCUUUUACACCCGCAAGGAGCUCGCGUUGCGCAUUGGAUACCUCUUUGUUUCUGCUGCGCUUGCAGGCGCCUGUGGUGGCCUUCUUGCAUACGCUAUUGGCUUUAUGGAAGGCAUCGGGGGUAUGAAAGGUUGGCGGUGGAUUCUUAUCAUCGAGGGCAUCCCAACGGUACUUUUAGGGCUUGUGACAUACUGGUCACUAGCCGAUAACCCGGAGACUGCAAGUUACUUGAGUGAAGAAGAGAAGCGCUUUAUGGUCAUAAGGAGGAGCCGGGAUGCAUCGCAAACCGCAAGUGCCCAGGAGCUUCAUUGGAGAGAUGUCAGGUCUUGUUUUACAGAUUGGAAGAGCUGGGCUUUGUGAGCCUUACCUUUCCCAGCUGGAUGCAAGCAAACGGCUAACCAAGAGCAAGCGCUUCUGCCCAAUUCGGCAUUGAUACUAUGCUCUAUGGUAAAGAUUCUUCUAAGAUCAACCGGUCCACAAUAGUCUAACCCGGAAAGGGUUCAGUACCUUCCUCCCCACCAUCAUUAAAGCUAUCGGCAACUGGAGCAAUCCUCAAGUUCAGGCCCUCACUAUCCCUUGCUACUCCCUCGGUGCGAUAAGCUACCUCAUAGUUGCCUAUAUCUCGGAUAAGCAGCAAAGGCGCGCCCUCUACAGUCUGGUUUUCGCAGGGAUCUCUAUUAUAGGCUACGGAAUCCUCCUAGCACCUGUCCCCAGUGGGGUUCAUUAUUUCGGCUGUUUUAUGGUCGCAGUUGGACUAUACGUAUCAGUUGGUUUACCACUCGCAUGGCUUCCUAACAACUGUCCAAGAUACGGAAAGCGUACCGCAGCUAGCAGUUUUCAGCUUACCGUCGGUAAUGCUAGUGGAAUCAUGGUGCCCUUUGUCAGCCCCCCCUAUCCCGGCCAGUUGACCCUGCACUCAUUCUGUGAAUACCGGUAGAUCUACUUAUCAAAAGACAGUCCCCGAUACAUCACCGGUCAUGCCGUGUCACUCUGUAUGGUUGCAUGGGCCGCUCUGGUUUGGGGUUUCCUGUGGGUGAGUAGAUGUCGCAACCCUAGUUCCACCAGCUAAAGGCAAAAUUGACAAUCGUGUAGUGGUGGUUGAGCAGGGCCAACGCCUGUCGCGACCGGGGAGAGGAAGAUAGCAAGGUUUCCGGAAUGUCCGAACAGGAGAUCCUCGAAUUAGGUGAUGAAUCG